GUCUAGCCAAUUUAGUGAGAUCACUCGUAAUUUCCCACGUACGCAAUAUAUCCUAUACUCCACUAUAAAAUCCAAGAGUUCGCUCGACGAAAAUAUCACUCCCGACGCAAUCGUCCAGCGAGAGGAUGCAACGAGUCAGUCUAAUUCCCUUCAUAGUCGGAUUGAUCGGCUACGAUCAAUGUGUUCGUGACUCCCCGGAACUGUGGAAGUACGGCCCCGAGUACAACUUCCACCUCCAGGUGUACGGAAGGCUGUCAAUUAAACCGACCCACGAUGUGGAGUCGAAUAUAUCAGCAAUAAUGCAAUGCCGGCCAUUCACAACAAAUUCCGCAAGUAGCAAUAAUGCUCUGCGAUGUCACAUAGACAACGCCGAAGUCGAUAACUACGAGACAAAUAAAUCCUCCCUACCUCCGGAGAUAAUGCGACCGAUGCCACCAGAGCCCUUCGAAAUUACGGGAUUUACAUUCGACAUUGUCUUCGGGAUGGAUCGAAUAAACGAGAUAAGGAUUCACCAGGAGAUAAAAAACUUCCGAAUGAACAUGUACCGAGAUAUUCUCAGUCAACUUGACAUCGCAUUCGAUAGAUUUGCACAGACCAAUCAACGAUUUUCAGCGAGAGAUUACGCGCGUUCCCCGGUUGGUGAAUGCGAUACGAAAUUGGAGAAGUUCCGCAGAUUUAAAUCUCCGAAGACAGAGUGGGAUAGUCCGUGUAAACAACUGCGGCUGGAGGUUACUGGAACCAAUUAUCCGUUGGUUCUGAUUGACAAGACGAGAAAUAUGAAUAAUUGCACGAAGAAGACGCCGUAUUUCUUCGGUCGGGAGAACGUCGCCUCAACGGCCCCGUCCAUCACAGCCGAAAUCAUUUCAUCGGUGAGUGGAAUAAUGAUCGCCCCCCAGAACUUCGAAUCUCGUACAACGAGAACAGGAACCCUGACUCUUCAUACAACUGACCAGAAGACGUCAUAUCCAGUGACGGAGGAGAUCAGCCUCCUAUUGACAUCGAUUGAGCCAGCAUCGACGCCAUUCGAGCCGUUGGAGGUCUACGGAAGAACAGGAGUUCUAGCUGACGAGCCCAUCAUCACGUCCACUAAUCACCUUCACAGACCGUCGGAAUAAUUGUUGCGAAAAUUCGCGGAAUUUCAAUCAAAAAUUGACAAUGACCGAGUCGUCUAGUUGAAAAAAACGUAGAAUUAUUUCCAAUUACAAAUUGAGAGACAGCAAUAAUGAGCCAUUGUAACCGUGUGCGUCUAUCAGAGAUUAAUUAUAAUCUAAUGUGACCUCAAACCAUCACACAAUAUCCAGUGAUGCAGAAAAUUACUUAUUUGUACCACUCA